UACGGACAGAAGCAGGGUUCUUGAGCAACUAGGUAGGGCAGAAGAGAAUGGGGAGCCGCGGCCGUCCUGGUCAGCUGCGCGUCCAAGCCUGCUUCAAAUGCAAGAGAAAGGGGCAUAUGGCGUGGGAGUGUGAAGAGGGCGUGAUUUGUAGCAAAUGUAAAGAGAAAGGGCAUCACCAGCGAAACUGCAAGAACGUUACCUGUCACAAGUGUAAGAGGAAGGGCCAUACCUCGAAUUUCUGCAAUGAUCCAGACGUAAGGGCAAGGGAAGCGGAGAAGAUGGAACUGCAGCUCCAACUCCAGCUCAAGCUAAGGGAGAAGCGAAAGAGCUCGCAGCAGCGCAAGAGCGACGUUGUCAGUCUCUGGGAUGGACUUGGAGAUGGCAAGAAAAAGAGGAAAUCGUCCGGGGAUGGUGUUGCUACCGCGAUCGCUCCACCCAAGACGAGGAGGACGACGAGUGUGGCAGCUCCCAAGAUCAUCGCUCCCGAGCAGGAGAGCAAGAGCAGAGAUUUUGGCCAAGAACUCAAAGCUGAUCUCCAGCCCAGUUUGGUUUGCUACGAUUUUGACGACGAGAGUGAUUCUCCGGAGUAAGUAAAUGCGCUCUUUUUUCCUGCUGUUUUGUCUCGGGGAAAUUUACAGUGAUUUUCUUUCUUACUUUGCAUUCCUUGUAUAUAAAAAAGUGGUAUGUACGGAGUAUUUAUUCUGUAUGCUUUUGAAAUAAAAAUAUUCGGUUUCUGGGA